GUGGUCGAGCGAGAAGCCGAAGAGGGGCGCCGAAUCUAAACCCGAUAACGAACCAGCUGGUGGCAGUGCCGUCGUACGACGUUUACGUGCACGUACGACCUUCGCGAAAAUCCAUUUCCAGCUGGUCCAUCGUCGAUGAUUUAAAUCAUAAAAUCCCCCGUAAAAACAAUCAGGAAAGUGUCCCGGUAGUGGUACCAAAGUUGAGUAGUCCUUGUGAUAAAGUGGUCCCAUCGAUCGUCGGCGAUCCGGAGCUAAGUUUAAGUAGUUCUCGUUGAGGAAUCAGGCAGCAGCAAGUAGUAGAAGAAGAAAAAAAUAAAAACAGAAACAUGCCGUGACCGCAACACGACUGACACCAGGAUGUAUUGUAUAGUCGUAGGAAAAUCACGGUGCUCGUAGCGCGCACGACAUUCGAUUGGACGACAAAUGUCGUAGGUACUCUUAUCUGUGGCUCAGGUGUGUGCGUGUGUGAGAGUGAAGUCCUGUGUGCGUGCCUGUGGGUGCUACUCUCCUCGCUCGUACCUGACCUGACCCAGGUGAUCACCUGGACCGAACGACGAUGACUACGAGGGAGUUAUACGUUAAGGGUGGCAGGGUAUGGGUACCACAUCCAGAAAAAGUGUGGGAAGGUGCGCUGCUCCUGGAGGAUUACAAGUUAAAGCAGCCCACUUUGAAGGUCCACACGGACGAUUCGAAUCAGACGAAAGUCUUGGAAAUAAAAUCGGACACCGAUCUACCGCCACUGAGGAACCCGGACAUACUUAUUGGCGAAAAUAAUUUGACGUCGUUAUCGUUUCUCCACGAGCCGGGGGUUCUCUACAAUCUCCAAAUCCGCUUCCAACGACACUGCAUCUAUACGUAUUGCGGUAUCGUGUUGGUCGCCUUUAAUCCUUACAACGAGCUACCCAUUUACGGGAAUGACACGAUAUGGGCGUACAGGGGUCAAGCGAUGGGCGAUUUGGAGCCCCAUAUAUUCGCCGUCGCCGAAGAGGCUUACACGAAAUUGGAAAGAGAGGGUCACGAUCAGUCCAUCAUCGUCUCCGGGGAAUCGGGUGCCGGGAAAACAGUUUCCGCGAAAUACACGAUGCGAUAUUUCGCUACCGUCGGCGGUUCAACGACCGAGACACAGGUGGAAAAGAAGGUGCUCGCUUCCCUGCCAAUCAUGGAAGCGAUCGGUAACGCGAAGACAACGAGAAAUGACAAUUCCUCGAGGUUUGGUAAAUUCAUCGAGAUUCAGUUUAAUAAACAUUAUCACAUCACCGGUGCCAGUAUGAGGACAUAUCUUCUGGAGAAAUCGAGGGUCGUCUUUCAGGCACACGAGGAAAGGAAUUACCAUAUAUUCUACCAGAUGUGCGCUGCCGCGGCGCGGCUUCCGCACUUACACCUAAAUCAUCAGAAUCAGUUUCACUAUCUGAAUCAAGGAAACAACCCAAUGAUAGACGGCGUAGACGACUUGGCGUGUUUCGACGAAACAGUAACUGCUUUUACCAUGCUAGGAUUCUCGUCCAAACAGCAGGACGAUAUGCUUCGCAUUUUAGCGGCCAUAAUGCACUUGGGAAAUGUUAGGAUAGGGAAUUCUGAUGCUCUGAAUUCGAGCCACGAGAACGACACCGAGGCCAGCUACAUUCAUGCGUCGGAUAAACAUUUAUUGACGAUUUGCGAGUUAUUGGGCACCGACGUGAACGCGAUGCGGAAGUGGCUGUGCCACCGGAAAAUCGUGUCGAUGAAGGAGGUGUUUCUGAAACCGAUGAACGUUGAACAAGCGAUCGGCGCGAGAGACGCUUUAGCGAAACAUAUUUACGCGGAAUUAUUCAACUGGAUCGUAACCGGCAUCAAUAAUUCCCUCCAAUCACAGAACAAACCCCAAUGCUUCAUCGGUGUGCUCGACAUCUAUGGUUUCGAGACAUUCGAAGUGAACUCGUUCGAACAAUUCUGUAUAAACUACGCUAACGAAAAGCUUCAGCAACAGUUCAAUCAGCACGUGUUCAAAUUGGAACAGGAAGAAUAUUUCAGAGAGGAAAUCGAGUGGACUUUCAUCGAUUUCUACGACAAUCAACCCUGUAUCGAUCUUAUCGAAACAAAGCUGGGUAUCCUGGAUCUGUUGGACGAAGAAUGUAGGAUGCCAAAAGGUUCGGAUAGUUCUUGGGCCGAGAAACUUUACGCGAAAUGUGGCAAAUCGAAGCACUUUGAGAAACCACGAUUCGGAACAUCCGCCUUCCUGAUUCAUCAUUUUGCUGAUUUAGUGCGUUACGAGACGAUUGGAUUUUUAGAAAAAAAUAGAGAUACCGUUAUCGAGGAACAGGUCGACGUGCUGCGCAACGGAGAUAAUAAAUUACUGAAGAAGCUGUUCAGCGACGAGGAUCCAAAACUGAUGGUACCACCGAAUGUCAGGGUGAAAAUAUCCGCCCAGAAACCGGCACCCAGUACUCCUAAACAAAAUAAGAAAACGGUAGGAUCUCAAUUCCGAGAUUCCUUGAACAUGUUGAUGUCGACAUUGAACGCAACCACCCCCCAUUACGUGCGUUGCAUUAAACCAAACGACACCAAGGAAGCUUUCGAGUAUAAUCCAGUUCGUGCUGUUCAACAAUUGCGAGCUUGCGGUGUGCUCGAGACGAUCAGGAUAUCCGCAGCAGGCUUCCCGAGUCAGAGGACCUACGGCGAGUUCUUCCUCAGGUACAGGAGUCUGUGCAAGUUCAAGGACAUCCGACGCGAUGAUCUCAGGGAAACCUGUCGACGAAUAUUGGAAAGGUACAUUAAGGACGAGGACAAGUUUAAAUUCGGCAAGACGAAGGUUCUCUUCCGCGCCGGUCAAGUGGCUUACCUGGAGAAGCUGCGAGCUGAACGACAACGAGACGCUUGUAUUAUGAUACAGAAAACGGUGCGAGGCCUAAUUUGUCGCAGUAGAUACAAGAAGAUCCGACGCGCCGUUCUGGGUCUCCAAAGAUACGGAAGAGGCUACAUCGCUAGGCAAAAGGCUCAGGCAGUGAGGGAAGAAAGAGCCGCGAUUAAAAUUCAAGCACGAGUCAAGGGUUGGUUGAAGAGACGACGGUUCCUUCGAAUAAAACGCACAAUUCUCGGUAUUCAGACUUAUGGCAGAGGAAAGAUGGCGAGGCAAAGGUAUCAAUUGAUGAAGGAUAACGCCGCUGCGACUGUGAUUCAAAGAUUUGCGAGAGGAUACCUCGUUCGAAUGGCGUGCAAGAAGAAAUUGCAGAACAUCGUCAUUGUUCAGGCUUGCGUGAGAAGGUAUCUCGCGAAGAAGGUGUUUAAGAGAUUGAAGGCUGAAGCUAGAAGCGUGGAACACGUGAAGUCGUUGAACAAAGGGUUGGAGAAGAAGAUCAUCACGUUACAGCAGAAGAUUACUGAACUCAUCAAAGAGAAUCAGAUAUUAAAGAACGCUCAGCACGACGUGGUAGACUUGAAACACAAGCUGGAAGGACUAAAGACCGUGGAAUCUGAGAAUAGAAAAUUGAACGCUAUAUUAAUAGAAAAAGAAAAAGAAUUAGAAAAGAUUCAGGAUAUAGUUAAGAACGAAAGGGACGAGAAGAUGGAUAUUUUGCAGGACAAAGAGAAAACCGCUCAGGAGAAGGAACAAGAGAAUCAGAAGCUUCAGGGCGAGAUCGAGAAAUUGCGGAAAGAACUUUCGGUCGCUAACGAGAAGCUGAAGAACAAUCAACGCGGCGCUGAAGAGAAUUUGAAGCACCGAUUGGAACAAGAAAAGGAUCUCCUCCUGCUGGAUCAGGAUCAGGAUCGUGGCGCUUAUCAGAAGUUGCUGAAAGAGUAUCACGAAUUGGAGCAACAUGCGGAGAUGUUGGAGCAGAAGCUCGCGAUGCAUGCACCGGCUCAUUCCCGUUCCCUCAGCAAUGCUUCCAGCAGCAGUGGACAAAUUGUGUCCACCGAACUUCCUCAGGACGAUCAGAAUAUCGAUUUGGGUUACGGAUCGGUAAGAUCGACAGCAUCCUCUUCGACUCCUUACUCGAGAGUGGAAACCAUCGAUUGGAAUCAACAAAGAUCGGACAGUCCACCAGAUGGAGAGGUGCAACCGAAUAAAUCACCUUCAGAAACAAAUGGACCAGCACAUGCACCGGUCGACAUCGGUCUGGUGUUGAAACUUCAACAGAAACUGAAAGAUGUUGAAAAGGAGAAGGGUAGAUUGAUCAGGAUGGUGGAAGAUUUAGAACGGGACAGUCCCGAAGAGAAUUCGAGGACACAGGACACGUUCAGGCUACAAGAACUAGAAAUGGAGAAUGCUCAGUUGAAGAAGGAUCUAGGCUCGCUGAGGAAAAGCGUCACCUCUACAGGCCUAUCCGGUGCACAACAGAAUCUCAUGGGACAAUUCGACGCUCUUCAAGAAGAACUCGAGAGACGAAGAGAAGAAUGCAUACAGUUGCACAGCGUGUUGGCGGAUAACACGAGAAGAAUGAAGAGUUUAGGCUCGAAUUAUGGCCGAGACGUGGACAUCAUUAACGAAGAUGGAGAGCUGGUGUUGGCCUUCGAGACGCAGAAGAAGAUAAACAGACAAUUGGAGGAUGAGAUUCAAAUGAAGGAGAAGAGUUGGCGAAGCCAAAGGGACGAAUACCGAGCAGAAGUUGACAGGCUGCAAGAGGAAAUCGAAAAGCAACAGAAAUUAUUAUCCCUAAAUUUGAGUAAAUCCCCACAGACUCAAACCGAGGCUUACAUGCAGCACGAAAUUGCGAGGCUAACUUCGGAAAACUUGGAGCUACAGGAAAAAUACGACAAAAUAGCGGAAGAAUGCAGGAAAUUCAAGAAACAAUGCAAGAUACUUGUGAAACGUCUGAAGGAUGCAGGCUAUGAGGGAGACGAUACUAAGGAACAGAAGGAUCGCCCUUAUACGUCGGGGGGUGCCGUACCAUACAAUGCAGAGUCUACGACCGAUUCCGCGAUGUCUUCCACUGGUCAUUCGGCCGAAAACGGAAGUAAUGUACCGGUUAUUCGAAAGAAGGAGAGGGACUUCGAGGGGAUGUUCGAGUUUAGGAAAGAAGAUAUCAACGUGAUAAUACGUCACCUAGUUAUCGACUUGAAACCUAGGGUUGCGGUAACAUUACUACCCGGUCUACCAGCGUACAUUCUCUUCAUGUGCAUCAGGCACACGGACUGCAUAAACGACGACGAAAAAGUUCGUUUGUUAUUAACGGGUUAUCUGAACGCUGUAAAACGAGUGGUGAAGAAACGCGAGGAUUUCGAUUCCAGCGUUCUCUGGCUCAGUAACACCUUAAGAUUGUUGCACAAUAUGAAACAAUAUUCCGGAGACAAACCAUUCCAAAAUGAGAACACUCCAAGACAGAACGAACAGUGUCUAAGGAAUUUCGAUUUGAGCGAAUAUAGAGUCGUGUUGAGUAACGUGGCGCUUUGGAUCUUCAACAAUAUCAUGACAAAUCUUAGAGAGCGGAUCCAGGCAUUGACGGUCCCUGCUCUUUUGGAACACGAAGCGAUCACAGGCUUAAAUUCUAAUAAACCUGGCCGAGCAAGAUCCUCUUCCAUGGGAGAAGAACCAGAAUCCACCCAACAGAAACUUAACAAACUAUUGGAUGAACUCACUUCCGUCUAUAAAACGCUUCAGUAUCAUGGCGUAGAUGCUGAAAUCGUAGUACAAUUGUUUAAACAACUCUUCUACUUCAUGUGUGCCAGCGCUCUGAAUAAUUUGCUCCUGAGGAACGAGCUGUGCCAUUGGACUAAGGGUAUGCAAAUAAGGUACAAUCUGAGCCACUUGGAACAAUGGGGAAGAGAUCGACGAUUAGAGCCAGCAUCAGCAGCCCUUCAACCGAUCAUACAAGCAGCGCAGUUGUUGCAAGCUCGUAAAACAGACGACGAUGUAGAGGCCGUGUGCGAAAUGUGUAAUAAAUUGUCCGCUAAUCAAAUAGUUAAAAUUCUAAAUUUGUACACACCUGCGGAUGAUUUCGAGACACGCGUGCCGGUUUCAUUUAUCAAGAAGGUACAAGAGAAAUUGAACGAACGCGGUGAAAACAACGAACAACUGUUAAUGGAUCUGAUGUAUUCAUAUCCAGUAAGAUUCCCGUUCAACCCAUCAGACAUUCGGCUAGAAGAUAUUGAGAUACCGGAAGUACUUCACCUGCCCAUGCUCAAAAAAGUGUAAUCAUAGUAAAUGAGAAACUUAGAGACCCCGCUGCGCAUGUAACUUUUAGUUGAGUAACGAGUAAUCAAAUUCGUAUAGCCUAUUUAUUAAGAAAUAUCAACAGAAAUACGGGAGAAAAAGAAAUUUAGCUAUGCUGAACAACUUUGGCUAAAACAAAUUAGAUAACGCAUCGAGCGGGUCAUCGAAAUCAUCGUUUUAUAUAUAUUUUUUUUUACUCGAGUAAUUUGUAUUCAACAAAGUAUCAUUCCUACCGUUGUCUGCGUAAACGUGUCGAUUUAAAGGAUUCCUUUUACGAACGGCGAAUACAGAUUUCAUUUUCGUUCUUCUUAAUGAUUACACGUGAAAGACUUAAGGAUCGCGUCAAAUAUAAGGCUCUGCUGGAGCUUGCUGAAUUGAAUAAAAGAAAAUAAACGAUGUAGAUUUGUAAACGAGAAUAGUGAGAUACGAGGCUGCGAUGCAAUUGCGAAACGAAGUGCCGAAUUCUGUAUUGUGAAAUACAGAAACGUUGUUACCGAUGAUUUAAAGAGGUUUAAGAAAUGCGUUGUUUCUCGAUUAGUCUAUUGAAAGUUGAGGCCAAUUUAUUGCAACUCCAAGCAAGAACUGUAUGUAAUUAUCGGAUGUCUGUUGGAGAUGUACUUAAUAUGUACAAAAGAUGAUGAAGGAAUGGUGAGAGAUUAAUAACGUUACGUUGGAUAUAGAUUGUAUAUUUUGUGAUACGAGAAAGAAUAACCAUAGGUCUGGCGAGGACGGACACAGAAGGCAGAAAAUACAAGAGCAAAGAGAAGGAGAGAGAAAGACAGAGGUAUAUAUUGUUAUUAUAAUUUAUAUGUAUGUACAGCAUCGAGCAUAGCAGGAUUCCAGAAGGAAAACGGUGGAUGAUCCUCGAUGGCCAUUGCUCUUCUUCCCCACAUUCUCGUCUCUUCCCUUAGCCGUUUAAUAUUAAUAUCGUCAAAAUUAGGAUUUUCAGAGUUCUAUAUUGCCAUUUUUCCUCGGGAAACCUACUUUGCUCCAUAAUGUACAAGCGAUUGUAUUUUGUGCCAUUUUAUUAGUAGAAUUUAACCAAAUUCUGUUUCCUGCGUUGGUCUGCAUUUACGUUUACGCUUUGCCCGUAAUCUUUCGAAAACGAAAUUCCUCGGAAACCCGGAGUGUACAGAAAAGAAAAAAAAA